UUGGACUAAUCCGCAGCAGUUGCGUAUUCCUCGGCGGGAUCUACGCAGGGCCUCGCCUCGAACCUGCUCUUCCCGCUAAACCUUGAAAUCUUCCGCUCUGCCACUGCCACCAUCCCCGACCGGGCUCUGUUUUUUCCCUCAUCCUUUUUUCUCUCUCGUCUACGCCACCUUUUGUUCCCCCAUUUUAUAUCUAUUUACCUCCUCCUCCUCCUCCUCUUCCUGUUCUCCUCGAACACCUAUACCUCUUCCUCCCCGUCUCUCUUUCAUGCCCUGCCCGUAAUGUUCUUCGAAAAAGAUCCCGACGUGCGCUCGCACUUCCCCAUCCUCCGUCGCUUUCGGCACUACUGGAUCCUCCCCCUCAUCUCCUGCUGCACCUGGUGGGGCAUGCUCAUCGCCAUGAUGGCCAUCUGGGCCGCAAACGGCUACGGCAACCACCUCUAUCCCUCCCAGGAAUCCGGCACGCGCAUGCCCUACAUCUCCGACAUUGGUGCCUCGGGCGUCAAGGCCCUCUUCAUCGCCUGCGCGGCCACCCAGGGCGUCUUCUUCGUCCUCUCCAUCGCGGCCGAGCGCUACCUCCGCCACGCCCACCGUCUCGAGCCCAACCGCUACCGCGCCGAGAAGAUCCUCGGCGGCCUCGCCAUCUUCUUUGCCUUUGGCGGCGAGAUCGGCGUCAUCUUCCUCUCCAUCUUCGACACUUACCACCAUCACUCCGCGCACAUCAUCAACCUCUGCAUCUUCGUCGUCCUCCUCGGCAUCUCCGCCAUCUGCACCUCCGCUGAGUAUACCCUCCUCCGCAAGAAAUACUACGAAGUCCACUGGCUGCGCUUCUCCUACAUCCUCAAAAUCGUCUGGUUCCUCGUCGCCCUCGGCCUCGCCAUCGCCUUCGCCGUCCUCAACGGCGACUCAUACGACCCCGACUACGGCGCCUACGUCGAAUGGACUCUUUCCUACUGGUACGGCAUCUACGGCAUCAUCCUCUUCUUCGACCUCCUUCCCGCCUCUAGAAAGUCCCAGUUGCGCGAGAAGUCCGGCGGCUACAUGUUUGGCGCCGCUCCCGGUCCUGCCGUCGCCGACGCGACCGAGGAUCCCAACGCCCUGCAGGACCGUACCGCCGCCACUCCGCGUCUUGACAACGGCUCGAGCGACGACGAAACCAGAGUCGGCCAGGCUUACCUCGACGAGGAAGCUGCGUACAAGCCCAACCCGCGCACCGGCGGAGGCCUCGCCGCAAACUUUUAAGCGGUGUUGCUCAUGAUUAGUGAUCUGCUUUCUAUCUGAUCCCACCCCAGCAGACGUCUUUUUGAUAUCUUUGUACGAUUGGCAAGAACCCUGUGAGAGUUUCUUGAUGUGCUUCCGUUCUAUCUAGUGUUGUGUCUGUUAUCUAGGGUCAUCUAGUUUUUGGAUCUAGUUUUGGGUUUAUAUAAUUCUUUGGCGUUUACCAUACAUGUCUUACGUUUGGUUAUCUAUUUCUCUGCGUCUUUUUGAUCAUCCUUGCUAGGAUAUUUGAUUUAAUUUUGUUCAAUACUCUCUUUAUCUUCUUGUAUUUAUAGUCGCGCAUUUGAAUAUAUACCUUGCCGGGAUAUGAAUAAUCCGUGUUUCACUGGGCUGUCACAGCACAAUCACAUGAUUACAUAAGAUGUAAACAAACGCAACAGCACAUUCCCUCGUCUCUGUCCUUCCCAUUUUUAGCUAGCAGCUACAUUACAC